AUGUCAAAUUCCAAUAAUCAACUGCAAGCCAUUAAUGAAGAAGUGGUUGUAGGCAGCUACACACAAAAACACCUGGACACAUUGAAAUCAACUAUUGCCAAAGGUACCAGCAAUGAGCAGUUUGCGCUAUUCGUUCAGACGUGUGUCAGAACCGGCUUAGAUCCGUUCCUAAACCAAAUCUUCUGCAUCGUCUAUAACGGAAAAGAUGGCCCUGUAAUGAGUAUGCAGAUUGCAGUUGAGGGAAUCGUAGCCCUUGCUAAGAAGCAUCCGCAGUAUAAAGGGUUUAUCGCCUCUGAAAUACGGGCUAACGACCACUUCAAAGCUAAGAUGCAUACGGGUGAAGUUGAGCAUGAGCCAGACGUAAUGAAUCCAGGUGAGACAAUCGGUGCUUACUGCAUUGCAUAUAGAGAAGACGCACCAAACAUUCUCGUCAUAGUUCGGAGAGAUCAGAUUGAACACUUGGUCAAAGGUCGGAACGGUCAGAUGUGGAAGGACUACUUUGACGACAUGAUCGUUAAGCAUGCCAUCAAGAGAGCGUUCAAACGUCAAUACGGGAUUGAAGUAUCAGAAGAUGAACCGACAGCAGGACCGGUUGAAACUGCACCUUAUGAACGUCGGGAUAUUACCCCAGAGACUCCACCGACUCCAGCUAUUACACAGCCUGAAACUACUGACGGUGGUACAGAAGAAUCGGAGAAACAAAAACUGAAAGCUGAAAUGAAGCAGAAGUAUAAACAGCUCGGAAUUACUGACAAAGAAGCUAUGGGAGCGCACAUGCAGGAGUUCUGCAAAACAAAAGGUUCAGAACCGACAAUUGCAGAGAUCAAGGGCUAUCUGAAAAUUAUGGACCUUCAAAUCCAAGCUGCUGCCGAUGAUCUCCCCGUG